AUGAUUCUUCAGUAUCCGUCUAGAACCGAUCCCAUUAUACCUCUGGAUUUAUUUCCAUCUCCACAAGAACCACAGUCCCUUUCAGAUGAGGGGCUGACUCUGACCGGCAGAUAUGGCACUGGAAAUUCCUUCUCUGGAACUGAAACUGGAGACGAACUGAACACGUUUGAGCCCAGUGUGGAUGACAAUUCAUUCGAGGAUCUCCAUUCCGAACCAAGAUUUAGUGAAUUUUCUAUUGCAGGUUAUGACAACAACGAUGCCUCUCGUACCAAUAACACUAUGGAUCUGGAUAACGCAUAUUGUAUUAGCUAUGCGCCAAAGCCAAUGGAAGCCAAUGUGUUUCACCCCCCGCAAACCCUAAUAUCUGGAACAAAUUUUGCGGAGCCUAUCAUUGAUGAACAUCGCGGUAACAGGUACACCUCUGGCAUCGGGGGUAGUACAGGUCUGGAGCGCACAUCGCCUAUGUCACAGUAUGGGCAGCAAAAACAGGAUUUGUACCCCGUGGCCAGUGAUGUGACACAUCUGCGUAGACGUCAUCACCAUGAGCUGACACUCGAUAGCACAAAUGACGAAGAAAGAAGGAUAAACCAAAGAACGUUAGAGCUGGAAGACAUCCCGACAUUGGCUAAUCACAAAUUGACAGGCCCAUGA